AUGACGAUUCCUACUAGCACUCAGCCUGCCCCUGCCAGUACUGUUGACAUGGGCGCAUUUUUUACUGUGUCACGUGACACGGAGCCAGCCGCCUCCAGUGCUUCCCCAGCACCUUCAGCAGCAUCUUUUGCUGUGGCCUGUGGUGACUCUGAUGUUGCACUCCCCAUCAUGCCAGGCCAUGUUGCCAGGUACACCAGCUUUCUCGAGCCAACCCCUGCUGUUGACUGGAAUGCCAGGGUUCUGCAGGGUCUGGACACAAGUUAUGCUGCCCGACUGCAGCGACGUGCUCAAUGCCAUGUAGUUAUUCCACCUGUUGCGACACCCACCCCGCCUGUUGUUGCAUCCACUGCUCCAUCAGUACCCUCAGAGAGUCACUUGAGGCGUCUUGAACGGAGACAGCUCACUGACCCAUACAGCAAGAUCUCCACUCGGCGAGAGGGUCUCCAUGCAGCACAGCAGCGAGUUCAUGACCUUCGACAAGAAAAUGCAAAGAUGGCCAAGAGAAUGAUCAGGGCAGAUGAGGAAUUCGAGCAUGUCCACAAGCGCAAUGACAUGGACUGGGAUGUUAGUUGUGCACACUUGGAUGAGGCAAUUGAACAUAGAAAGCAGCGCAAGGUUGCAGAUGCUUGGCAUGAACACAUCUUUGAGGAGAGGAAGGGGAAAACUUGGGAGGAGCGGCGUCAUUUGGACCAGGAUGUAGCCGAAGGCCAGGAAGCCAAAAAAGAGCGCAAAGUGCUCUUUUUUGCUUCCUGUGCCGAAGGCACAACGGGUGUGUGCUAG